AUGAUCUACGACGAAGCUACCGUCCUGUGCGUCCUCGGCGCUGCUCGCGACGACCACGACUGGCAGGCAGUUGCCAUCAACAACAACGUGCACCAGCAAGCUCGACUCCGUCCAUGUGGACUACCUGGCGACCCUGCUCGAUGCCAACUACUGGAAGAGAUGAACGACGCGCUCGAUGCGCGCUUCUCGCUGCGGGUGACGCGCCAAACCAUCAAGCGUCAUCUCGACGCACGCAGGUACACGGUCAAGCAAACCCACCGCGACAACAAUUACCGCAACCUCGCCCAUAAGAAGUCGCUGCGUCAGCGCUACGUCAUCGACCUUCUCAGCUACAAGUCACAAGGUAAGAAAAUCUUUUACGUGGAUGAGACUAACUUUAAUCUGUGGCGUUCCCGACGUCGCGGCCGCAGCCUCCGAGGAACGCGCGCUGUUGACCGGAACACGGCGAGCAAGGGAUCGAACAUCCACGUGAUCGCCUGCAUCUCCGAGGACGGGUUUGUGUACACCGAGAAGCGGUUCGGCUCGUUUACGCCUGAGCGAUGUGGUGUAGGAAACAUCAAGUUUUGUGUCACACUCCAAGGCUGCAGUGGAACAACGUACCAGGAGCCAAGUACUACUCGGCGGGAUGACCGUCCGCCGAGCUCAGUGGGCAAGAAUGCGCUGAUGGACAGCUGA